AGGUCAUUAGACCCAGAGGGUGUCUCCCUCCUAGCUGUGCAAUUAGAGACGCAAUAAAAGGUCUCUGCUCUGCUGCCAGCCAGAGCCCGCUGCCUUCCGUUCCGCUUGCUCUCACUCCUGAACCGGUCUCUCCUGAAUUUGUAAAGAUGCCUCGGCUCCUGAGAAGUGUCCUCUGCGUAAUCGAGACUUUCCACAAGUAUUCCAGAGAGGAUGGUGACAAGGCAAGGCUGACCUGCAGAGAGUUGAAACGGCUCCUUCAGGGCGAGUUUGGGGACUUCCUUCAGCCCCAUGUUAUGCAUGCUGUGGAGAGAAACCUGAAUCUUCUGGAUAGUGAUAAAGAUGGCACCAUCAGUUUUGAUGAAUUCGUUCUUGCGAUCUUCAGUUUAUUGAACCUCUGUUAUGUUGACAUGCAAUCAUUACUAAGUGCAGAACCGAGACAGGUGUCUAAGUCAGAGAAGAACCCAGAUGAAGAGCUUGCUGACCUGCCCGAACCAGCUGCUGCCAGGAACCCACCAGAGACACAGAAGUCAACUGACACGGAGGACGAGAGUGGGACGUCUGUGGUCCAAGAGCCAGAAAAGGAUGCUGCUGGGAGCCUCCCUGAGACAAGUGGUUCCGAGGAACCUGAGGCCUGCGGCAGAACAUCCAAGACCCCAGAACCCCCUGCACAAGGAAGGGGGCGCGAAACAACGGACCCACCGGCCCAAGGUGGCAGAACUGUUUCAGAACCACCCGAUGUUGGAGCCCCAGGAGAAGAAGGACACCCAACAGCAGGGCAGAAAGGACGUGACAGGGUGGCCCAGGCGCCAGUCCUGGAAGCCCACUCGCAGGACGGGCAGCGGCAGCGACUCCAAGAACCGUCGAGGGAAAGAGAUGCCGAAACCCGGUCUGAAACACGGUUCCCGGGAUCGGAAGGAAGGAAUCAGGGUCGUCCUGAGACGGAGAAGGCACCGAUCCCAGGAGAAGAGGCCAAGGAUGCCGAAGACGGCCCCGCAGCGAAGGGGACCCCUGAAGCCCCAGGAAGAACCCAGGAGUCGGCCCCCCCGGGGCGUCCCGAGCCCCCGUCCGCGGGACCCGACGGCAGAGGAGAAACCGGCAGGGCCGCGGGGAUCGGGGCCCAGCCAGUCAGGGAGGACCCCGAGCUGUCCCCGAAUGCUGAGGGGUCCUGUGAGACCCCCGACGCCCUGGCUCCUCAAGAAGGGAACCUCAGCUCAGAGAGGAGGGAACUGCGCGUGCGCGGGCGUUCCCAGGGUCACGUGGACCCACACCGCGGGUCCGCGCCGGGAGCUCACGGGGAUAACCCAGAUCCCCAGAAGCAGGGACCACCAGGUGACCACGGAGUGCGGGAGGCAGCGGUGCUGUCAGUCAGAGGAGGGGAUGGUCAGCUCCCAGAGGAGCACGGACAGCCUGCCCGGGGGGAGCACAAGAGUCAAGGCUCAGGGACAAAGGACCCAGGUGUGGCUGUGGAGCGCCAGGGACCCCCAGAGGCACAGGAGACCACAGCAGGGGGUGAAGACAGAAAGUUCCAGGAGGCAGAUCUCACUGACCAGAUUUCUGUAAUGCAGCUCCCUAAAAACGAAAACAGCAGAAAAGGGGUAAAGGUCCAGGACCCGAAGACCAAAGAAGAGAAAGGUGGAGCCCCAGAGGCCCACGAGAGCCUACUAAAAAGUCAGGAUGAGGAUGACCCCGUCUCCCCUGAGACACACCUUGAAGCAGGGGAGCAUGCGACACUGGAGGAAGAGGAUGGAAGUCCUCAAAAGCAGGAAGGAGAAGGUGAUGACCAACCAAGCCCAGCCAAGACUGAGUCAGGCUUUGAAGAAAGGAGGCAGAGAGACCAGGAGCCCUACUCUGUGCAGAGAGGUGCCGUCCAAUCCAGCACACUCUACCACUACCUGCAAGAGAAGAUGUGGAAGCAAACGAACAUAAAUCAAGAGGAGAAUCAAAAUGCAGCUCAGGUAGUCAGAGCAUCAGGGCCGGAGCUUUGCAGCAGUCAGUCCAGGUCAUGCCUCACCGGCAGCCACGCGUCACAGCCGUCCACCAGGGAACUUCUGCCUGGUGAGGAUCCUGCCGAUCCACAGCAAACAUCAGCACCCCAAACCCUGGAAGAUAAAUAGGGUCACCGUCAGAGAGAGGACCCAGUACCACAGGUGGAGGCGAACACUACGGAGCAAUGAGUCCCCAUCACAGAAGUUAAAAAGAGCUUCACACACCUCAGCGUGCCCUAGACUUCUUCCCUCCGGAUCCCCCUCAAUACUCACAUGCAUACAUUCAGAUGCAGAUUAAUGAUUCUUUAAAUUCUCUUCUUAAUUUUCUAAAAGAGCAAAUAACAAAGUCAUGAGCCAUGGGAAUCACCACCAAAGAAACACCUGAUCAAACAAAUAAUAAUCUGUAAAAAUUCUACCAUACCUCACUACUCCCAAGUGUCCAAAUGAACUUUCUCAUGACAAAAUUCAUCAUCAUUUAUCUGUCACUACAAAUAGGAAAAUUCUUUCCACAUCUUUAGUGGGUGCCACUACUUCAACUCAUUCAUUGGCUUUUAAAAACAUAGCAGUAGAAAGUUAUGAAGCUUUGUAAUACUAUCUUAUCAUAAAAUAUUAAUUCAUAGAUCAUUCUGCUUUGUGACAUUUCCUAGAGGAAUUUCAAGUCUAUCCUGAAAUUUUGUUCCUCAAAGUCACUUCAGAUAUGACCAUGACUUAAAGUAAUUAUAAUUUUAUAGCACCUGAUUAAAGAAAUUUAUUUAUUUAUUUUUAUUUAGGUAGAGCUAAAUCUGUGCAUGGAUUUAUUCAUCCAACAUACUUUCAUUAGAUGCCACUCCUUAUAUAACCCUUUCAUAGCUUCUGCUUCAAAUAUUCAAUCUGAAUAAAUAUGAGAGAAAAAGAAAGAGUACACAGAUCUAAGGCACGCUUGAUUCCACAAGAAGUUCUUAGAGCCAAUCACCCAAUGAGUCUACUAAACUUUUACCCCUAUGGUUUACUGGGGCUACUGAAUUAAAAUUGAUAAUUAAAUAACCUGC